UCUACUCCACCAACUGUUGCGUUUUUCAUUAGCGAGUUGCGUUAGCCUCAGUAGGUGCGACAGGAUGGCUGGCUUUAAGGAGACGAUCAUCGGGAUAGAGCCUUAGAUGAAAACAACAUGAAAGUGUAGUUGUGUUGAAAGCGUAAUACAGAACAUGGAGCUAGCCUUGGAUCAUUCAGAUACCACGUACCAUGAAGGGGGAAACCCAGGGAACAGCGGGGGGUCUCCCGGCUUCUCGACCGUCAACAUCAAGCUGGUGGUGUCCGGGAAGACAUAUUGGAUAUCCCGGCAGGCACUGGCCACUUUCCCCAAUACGAGGCUGGGUCAGCUGGCCCUACGUCACCGGGCGGGUGAAGAGGGAACGGCGUACGUGUUUGAUAGGAACACGAAGAUGGUGAACCCUAUCCUUGACCUUUACAGGACGGGGGAGCUUCACUUGCCUGGGAAUAUGUGUGGACUGGCCAUUUCUAGAGAGCUAAGGUACUGGGGCAUCAACGACAAGCUGAUCUCCGAGUGCUGCAUCAAGCGGUACAGGGAGGCCCUGAGGGAGGUGCUCAUCGUGGAGGAGCUGGACACGGCCAUGAAGCUGGACUCGGUGGCAAAGGACAGCAUCAGUGGCCAGAUAUGGCUGACUAUGGAGAGGCCGGGCCACAACCUCUGGUCGUGGGUAUGGUUCGGCGUGUACAUGACGUUUAUCCUAAUGUCUAUUGUGGUGGUCGCCGUGUCAUCGGUCAGGGAGUUUCGUGUCUACAGAGUGCACGACAGCAAGAUAGACAAAAGCAAGGAGACUCUGCUAGACAACUUGCUCAACAGCGACCUCUGCACUCCCAUCCUCGUCUUCGAUGUAAUGGGCCUCGUAUUCUUCACCGUCGAGCCCCUGGUGCGCCUAUGCGUGGCUCCCAACCCCAAAGCCUACCUGACGAAGAUCCUGAACCUUCUGGAUCUGUUCCUGGCGGUCGACCACUGGACCUGCUUCUUCAUGGAGUGGAACGAGAACCUGCUGGUGGAGCACGAGGGCGCCAAAGUCGCGCACGCCACCCUCAGGGCGGUGUUGAGUCUGCGGGUGUUUCGGAUCUUUCACGUCGCCCGACGGUACCUGAAGAUGAAGGUCCUGUUCCUGACCUUCCGGGCCAGCAUGGCCGAGUUGUUCCUCCUCUUCCUCGGCCUCUUCAUCGCUGUCAUCAUGUACGCCACCGUCAUCUACUACGUCGAGAUGCUGGAGAAGGCCAACAACUUCACCAACAUCCCGCAGGCCAUCUGGUGGGCCAUCGUCACCAUGACAACCGUCGGGUACGGGGACUUCUACCCGACGACGGUGUCGGGGUAUUUUGUCGGGGUGCUGUGCACCCUGUCGGGGUUGCUGCUGCUGUCCAUGCCGAUCGCUAUCAUCGCGUCGAAUUUCGGCACUUACUACAACGGGUUGAUGGCCCGGGAACAGAGGGACAAGAGGAAAAAAUUCUUGAUGGAGCACCGGCUCGACUGGCCGCUACAAGAUGGACAGGACGAUUGGAGGGACCCUGCUUGCCCUAGUAUCACAGAUGGACAGGGCAACAGCAUCCAAACGGAUUUCGAGAACCGCAACACGAAAAAGGAAGAAAACCUAGAAGAAUCCGACGAAUUCCUACUCGAUAAGGAAAACAGACAGCUUUUAGAAUCUCCGAAACAAAAUAAAACAGAAACGAAACAAGACGACGUAUCAGAUAAUGCACGUGACGUCAUUUCCGAUACUGCGAAUUUAAUUACAAACGAUGCUCUAGAAAUCGAUUCCUUAAUUACACAAGAUACUAAUAUAGAUGGGGAUAGUCUCGCGGCGAAAAAGAAAACACCGGAAACGGAUCUUAAAUAUAGAAAACAAGGGGGACAACGGAAUGGGGAAAAUGCUACACCCAAUUUAAAAACCAAAAACGAUUUCGAUUCAUCCCCGAUUAAAUCCUGCAAAUCUUCUUUGCUGAGUAGUUCAUUUGGCCAAAAUAAACAUUACAGCAGUAUAGAAACCAUAACCGGUUAAUUGUAGUAUUUUUUUCCCUUUCUUUUUUCUUUAUUUUAAGGGGCAUUAAUUUGUGGGAAUUUGUAGGAUUAUCUGUAGGAGUCUAGUUUCAUCAUAUUUUUAAAAAAUGCGUUGCCUUAGUUAAAUAAACUACAAUGGUUUUGAACAUCGAACAGGGCAUUAAACUUGUUAUGUUAUUUCCACAAUACGAUAAAGAUAAAUGAUUGUCCUUCCUUAGCGCCGAAUGACACUGUUUACUCCCUUUGAAAUUAAAGUUUAAAUGACCCAGUUACCUCCCUUUAAAAUUAUAAUUGAAUGACGUUUAUUCAUCCUUCCCGAAUUAAAGUUGAAUGACCCUACUGUGCACGCAGUUACCAUUUAUCAAUUUACUUGCCGAAAACUUACUCUCGAUAAUUUUUUGAUGUAUACAAUAAAGUAUCGUGGGCGUGAUACUGAAAUUUGAUAAUUCAAGAAUCGAUCCGUGAUUCACGCACCAGAGCACUUGCCCUUAUCGAUAUCGAUUACCAGGGGACGUAGGCUCGUGCAACAGGUGGCCGAGAGCCAUAACUCCUCCAUUGAGUGAAAUGAAGACAGCCACUUUACACUCACAUCAGUCGCGUUGCGCUGAUGGACGCUUCACUUUGUCACAAAAAUCGAUACUUGCAUAAAGGUUUAUGUUAAACUGUUAAAACAAUGUCUUCAAAAAACGGUGUUCUUUUGUUUUUUUAAGGACUCAUAAUUUUAUCCUAACGUAAAACCGAUUAUACACAAGGAUGAAUAUACUUAAGAAAAUGAAAAUGGUUUAUCUUUGAGGAAAAGACACUGUUUUCACAUUUACAAUAUGCAUUUGUAUUUUGUUUGAACAUUGAUCGCCCUUUCCCCCUAAACAUCAGUAUAAAUUUACAAUAUGUUAAUUAGAUGCAUAAUCAUGAACAUAAUAAGCUUUUAUUAAAUGAAUCUUUUAAUUAUAUUUUGUAAUCGGGGAGAACGUAAUCUAUUUUGUUGAUUUAUAUUUCAAAAUCAAUUGAUUUUGUGAAUACGAAAUGGCAUCUUUUUUUUUUCAAUGAUUACAUAAUUUUAUUUUGUUUAUUAUCAUUGGUUUAUUUAUAUUUUUUUUCCAACCAGUACGUGGCGACGGGGGCAGGGUGCGGACAACCCCGUAAAGCACCCUACUUGGUGACGCCCUCACAUGCCGUUUCAUAUUAAUCUCACUGAUAAAAUGUAAUAUGUUAAACUGGUUUGCCAUAGAAGGGAGGCAAAAAAAUCAAUGAACAGGGUGAUACACAUCUCAUUUCUUCUUAAUUUAAAAGUUCACGUGGUUAUUUACCAAAUGAUUCGAAUGAAAGGAUCUCGUUAAAAUAUUGUUUUAUAACUGCCUGGAUGUGUGACAAUAUAAUUAUUACUGUUGGUGUAAAUAUCUAAUUAAUAAACUUAA